UGAUUUCAUGACAAAAAUCACCUUACUAAGAAUUGUGAACCAUAUAUUGAUAAGGGAAAUGAUAUUUUUAUUUUCCAGCAUGAAAGUGAUUGAAUGUGCAGCAUUCACGCAAUGAGAUCUAAUCUCAUUUAUGUUCGACACUGCUGGGUAGAUUUAUUAUUGGUUCCUAAUUUUUGAAAUUCACCCUCUGGCACCAUUUAUGUCUACACUUAAAAACACAUUCAAGUCUUCUGCUUCCCUAUCUCUCUCUCACCUUCUGGUUUCUACUCCUCUCUCUCCCUCACUCCCUCUCUUCCUUUUGACUUGCAGCUUCUGAUGCAGUAAAAGGAAACAAAUGUCAGCAAAUCCUACAAACUCACAUGAUACUUAGCUUAAAGUUUAAUUUUUUUUCUAUUGUUAUAGGCAUUAAGGGUGGUUUUUUUUUGGUAGUCCCAGAUGGGAUCCCUGCUAGCAUAUGAUUCCAGCCUAAAGUUUCAAUCUUGGUAAGUUCUGUCAAUCCCUCUCUCUAGAAACACAAUGGACAGGAUUUUCCAUGAAAUCAAGCAAAGAAGCUUGCUUUCUCCGUCAGAGCAGCCAUAUUACUUCCCUCAAUCACCAGCAUUACUGCCUGCACCGCAAAAUUUGCAAUCUGAUAGUUUCAAUUUGAAUAACAAGGUUAGUCCAAGUAUAUUACUCGUCAUUAUAAUCCUAGCUACCAUUUUCUUUGUUUCUGGUUUGCUUCACCUUUUAGUUAGAUUUCUUUGGAGAACUCCCAAUAGAGCCCCGGAAGAUAUAGACAACGUGACUGCUCGUCAAGGGCAGUUGCAACAACUAUUCCAUCUCCAUGAUGCUGGCGUUGAUCAAUCUUUUAUAGAUACUCUCCCUGUUUUUCACUACAAAGCCAUUAUAGGAGUAAAGAACCCAUUUGAUUGUGCUAUUUGCCUGUGUGAAUUUGAGCCUGAAGACAAGCUUAGGUUGCUACCAAAAUGCAGCCAUGCCUUCCACAUGGAGUGUAUUGACACUUGGCUUUUGUCUCAUUCCACAUGUCCUUUAUGUAGAGCUAGCUUACUCCCUGAUUUCUCUCCAAAUAAUAGUUCACCCAUUGUUCUUGUUCUUGAAUCUGGGAGUGAGAGCUCAAGAGAGAUUUUCACUGAUAGAGAAGGUGUUCUAGGCAGAACCAGCUCAGUUCUGAGAUCAAAUUCCCAUCUGGGUCUUUGUGGAGACACUGAAUUGGGGUCAUCCCAGCGUAAAUCAUGUGAAAUCCUGGAAAAAGAGGAAGCCAACCCAACAGUAGUGGGGGAUUCUGGGGAAAAAGUUGUGCCUGUUAGGCUAGGAAAGUUUAGGAAUGUUGAUGUCGGUGAAGGUAGCAGUAGUAAUAAUGUGGAUGCUAGGAGGUGUUUCUCUAUGGGGUCUUUUGAGUAUGUAAUGGAUGAGAAUUCUUUCUUGCAAGUGCCAAUAAGAACCCCUAUGAAGAAACCAUCAAGCAAGAAGACUUCUUUGCCAUUGACACCUGGUCACUUCCCAGCAAUGUCUGAAUGUGAUUGUGAAUCAAGAAGAGGGUUCAAUGGUUUUGAAAUUAUGAGAAACUUUGAAACUAAUGGGAGUUCUAGCACUAGUGACAACAAUUGCAAGGCCAUUGGUAAGCGCAAGAAAGAAAGCUUCUCAAUAUCGAAAAUUUGGCUUCACGGGAAGAAGGACAAGCAAAAUUUUGCAGAGAACUCAACAAGGAGGGCCUUUUCAUUUCGGUUUCCGCUGCAUCAGAAUGUUGCUGCUUCUGCUGCUACUGAUGAUAGCAAGAAGGUGAAGAAUGGUAUUGCUGGUGCCAGGGAUACUGUUUCUGAGAUAGACUCGGGCAGUUGGGGUAAUGCAGGGAGUGAAUUUGGUUGUGAUGAGGAAAAUCAGAGCUGCUAUAGCUUAGAUUCACAAGCUAAAACACCAUCUUUUGCAAGGAGGACUCUGCUUUGGCUAGCUGGGAAACAAAACAAGGUUGUUCACUCAUCCUUUACACCAAAGAUCUAGUUUCUUAUUUCUUCCCUUGCAUUCUUUUUCUAGAAAAAGUGCUCUUUGAUUCCUUCAUUUGGAAGGCAAAAUUGGCUGAUCCUGUAGUAGGAAAAAGAAAGAAAAAAGUAAGAAGAGGAACAGAAAAAAAGGGUUCUAUUGAAAGAAAUUCCGGCAUAAAUUUUUUGUUGUCCAAAUUGAUCAUUUCUUCAUAGUUUGACUGCUUUCUUUUGUCUGUUUCAAGGUCUGCUAGGGUUUUCAUUUUCUUCUGGGUUCCAGAUAGGAAACAGAAAUUAUUGUUCUUGAAAUAACAAAAUUGACUUGUCUUGGAACAAAUUU